GCAGGGAGGGGCGUGCCCCCAGCGCCUGGGACCGCCCCCCGCCCCCGGGCGCAGGUGCUGCCCUGAUGUCCCCGACGCGCCCACGGCGCUGCACCUGUUCGGGAGGGGGGACAGUGCCCGCUGGUGCCUCCCCUCCCUGCCCCCGGGAACGAGGAAGCAGCUCCAGCCACCUUCAACCAUCACUCGGCAGCGCAGUUCCCCACUAGCACCAUCCUACGCACUGUGUCCUCAGGUCCACACCUUGCAAGGCAUGGGGGUGCUGGUUUUGGACAUGUCUGGGGGGACAGGAGGGCUGCCCGUGCUGCUGCUGAGCCUUGCUGUGCUGGAUCUUAUGCUGGAGACAACUGCCAUGGGUGUGACAGCAGCCACGUCCCCAUCUCCCCCCACCUCCUCAAUAUCUAUGGAGACCUCUGCACAGCUGCCCACCACUGACUCCACCACUGCAGCCACCCUCUCUCCCUCCAGCCCUGAAACAGAAGCUUCCACCCCAGAGAGGUCCAGCACAUCCCCAGGGACUGGCAGCACCCCAACUCCCACCACGCCUCCUCCCACCACAACAACAGCUACUUCAUCUGAGCCCUUGACAACCCUGGCAAACACCACGGCCAGCCCUGUUAUCAGCACGGAGGUCCCCCUGAGCACCCCCUCUCCCAGCCACCCGGCCAGGACCACAUCCAGGACUACCCCUGGCAUCUUCCCCCCAACUAUGGAGUCGACUCCAGGCAUUGAGUUCUCUUUCCCCACCACGAACUCGACCCAGACCUCAGAGGUUACCCACAGCACCUCUGCAGACCUGCCAAUGCCGCCACCCGUCUGCCCCACUGGCUCAUCCAACACCAGUGCAUCUCGCCUCUUCCUGUCUCUGCGGCUAAGCACCCCCCUGGACCUGGGGAACAGCACAGUGCAGGAGCUGGUGUUGUCCAAGCUCCGUAAGAACCUUCAGACGGCAUUCCCGUGCGCUGGCCUGUCAUUGGAAUGGCGAGGGAAGAGGAGCCCUUGACCACUGCCCCUCGCCCUGCCAGCUCCCACAUGUACUGGCAAGCCAUCUGCUCCUGGCUCCUUACUCCAUGGCAGUGCAGCCCCUUGGGGUAACCUGCACAGCUCCUCUUGAACUUGGGGCUCCCUGUCCUUCCCUGUGCACCCCCAGUGCCCCCCGUGGGCUGCGGUGCCCCUGCCCCUUCCCACAGCCUGUCUGUAAAGCCCAAGACCUCCCACCACCCUGCUCCAGACCUGGCUCCUGUGGUGUGACCCCUUCCAGCGCUGACAGGGGGCUGGAAGGAGAGGAUCCUGCGGGACUGGGCUUUUACAGCUGGGACUGUGCUGGCUCAGCCAUAAAAGCCACCCUGGGGACUGAUGGAUGAGAGGAAGGAGACCUGGAGCCCCCAGUACUGCUGUGCCCAAGGCUCACCUGGGGUAUUGCUGACAGAGGAGCACGCCCAUGCCAACACGGGCCAGGCAGUAAAUAGAAACUCCAUGCUUUCUGUGUUGAA